AUGGCUUUCUCGCAGGACCCUCGGUCGUCUUCCGCACACUCACUGACUCCUGGGCCGGAUGGAGAAUGUGGCCGUCGUCGCAUCCUGUUGUUGGUUUACAUCCAUGGCUUCAUGGGCAACGAGACCAGCUUCAAGAGCUUCCCCGCACAUCUCCACAACUUGCUGGCCAUAACCUUGGCAGAGUCGCAUGUUGUGCAUACCAAGAUAUACCCAAGAUACCAGUCACGCUACUCCCUCAGAGUCGCACGGGACCAAUUCUCCAAAUGGCUCACUCCAAAUGAGACUUCAUGGACAGAUGUGAUACUACUCGGCCAUUCCAUGGGCGGCCUGGUCGCUGCCGACAUUGCUCUUCUGUUCAAGCAUAACAUCCUAGGCGUCGUCAAUUUCGAUGUCCCUUUCCUUGGGAUGCACCCCGGCAUCGUCAAGGCAGGACUGGGAAGCAUAUUCAACUCGCCUACCCCCGAGGACUCAACCCCCGACGCCGCUGUUGGCAACCGGCCAAGCAGAACCGACACUCUCUUCAACCCGAAACCAGCAGAUCCCAACUACGAUCCUCGGUUCCCCAAUGACGUCCACCUGCCAGUCCGCAAAGGAUGGGAGAGCGCCCUUCAUUUCUUCAACAAGCAUGCCGAUGAUUUGAUCUCGGCGGGCAAAGUCCUAGUAAAGUCACAUGCUCAGUUCGGCGGGGCCAUGGCCGACUACCGCAAGCUCAAGGACCGUUACGCACGAAUACGCGCCUUGGAAGAAGACGACGAAGCGGUGAGGAGGUCCGCCAAUCCCGAAGUUCAACAUCCACCCCGCAUACGCUUUGUGAAUUACUACACUGCGAGCACCGGUCGUGUUAAGAAGCCGAAGUCGCCCAAGACUCCGUCGGGGUCGCGGCCUACUAGCAGGAAUUCUGAGGGGCCAGCCCAGAGCAUCGCUUCCUUUGCGUCAGGCUCUCAGGUAGCGUUGACGCAUGCGAGUUCACAGUCUACAGGCAUGAUAAGCCCUCGAAUUUCCGUUGAUGAGUAUAGGAACAACGAAGUCAUUCCUGUCAGCCCGCAAGAGGCGCCAUUGGGAGUUGGUCUGAGCGAGAAUGCGGCCGAGGAUACUGGCUCUGGACCCAACUUACCUCCUGUACCAGAGAUGCCACAAGAGCCCCCCUUUGUCGACCCCACUCGAUAUCCAGGCAAGGCCGAACGGAAAGCCGCAGAGAAAGAAUAUGCAGAAGCACUCAAAGACUACAAACGUGCUGUCAAGGCUCGCAACGCAGUCCUCGAUGAGCGCGCAAAGCUGGAGCAGGAGUGGGCAAAACAACGUCCGGGGUCCCUUCCAGAUAGUUUACGGUCCACCCCAGAGAGACAAUCGCUUUAUGUGCCAGAGCCGACAGAUAGUAGCAGUGAGCAGACGGGGAGCAUUGAUGAGAACAUGCAGUCAAUGCAACUAGCAUCGCCCACACCGAGUCUCACCACCACUUCCUCGAGCCCUUACACGAACUAUGUCUUCUCCCGCAGCACGAUUCUGGCCCAGCCUCCUCCAGAGGACCGCUCACCGGUUACCACACCGAAUGCUGUUUCUGGCAAUUCCUCGUAUACCGACUCUACCACCACCUUGCCCAUCCCCGACCCCAACAGCACAGUCGUCCAAGACUCGACCCCACCUCCCACUCCCAAGCCAAGGCGCUACAAGAAAUUCUGCAUGCUUCCUCCCAAGGACGCAUACGGGAACAAGGACCCCACCUGGGUGCCCGUGGUUAUGGAGAAUAUGGACGAGGUAGUUGCACAUACCAGUCUCUUCGUCGUGAGCGAGACGUACGAGAGGUUGGUAGGGGAUGUGGGGGCGAGGAUUGAGGAGUGGGUCAGGGAGAAUGAGAGCGUGAGGGUUGUGAGGGAAAUGGAGGGAUUGGGUUAG